CUGUUGAGGAAGGUCAUCCAGAUUUGGCAGCUGUUUGUGUUCAUUCAAGUGAUUUUCCCUCCUGAUGAGAAGUCUUAAAUUCAAGUCAAAAUAUAGCCAUACCAAGCUGACUUGCUUACACAAUCUCAAAGAUAAGUUAUGACAGCUGUGUGUAUUUGUUCUGAAAACGUCUUUUUAAACAGAACACUUAGUACAUUUUUGCAACACAUGUCAUGGGAAAUUCCAACAAAAAGCCUGAAUUCUCUACAAUUACAGACUUAGCAUGCUGUGAAAACCCCAACAAAGUUAGACACAGUUACAAAGCAGGUGUGUUUUGUCCAGGAAAUCAUGAAGCUGAGAUGUGCUAUGGAGGAGAAGCUGAUCUACCCAAACAGUAUACUGGCUGUAAGAAGAAUCCAGGUCACAAAGGUUUUAUACCUCUUAAAGAUUUCAACGCAAAUUGUCUCCCCUCUCGUUACCAUGACGACGAGCUCAUGUCUGAGACAAUUAAAGCAUUGGCAGACCUAACUGUCCAGGUAAAGUCUGAAUUCACCAGUCUAGAGAGACCAGAGUUUUACCCAGGCACUCAAGUUCCAUAUCCAUGUUAUAAUGACAGAGGAAGUCACGUGAUGAGGUUAGGGACGGGGAGGGUGUGGUAUGUAAAGAAGUACACAGAGAGUGACGGAAAAACGUGUCGUUGUGCCAAGUGUCAAGUCUCUGCCACACCCAGCAAAGUGUGGGGGGAGGUUCCUGUGUCUACAGCCGCACACGUGGUGUUUGAUGACAGUGAGGCGAGACAGACCAGGUGUGUUUUAGGUUUUGAUGACGAUACAAGUCCAGUGGUCAGUCUUGAUGGCUGGGAGGUGGAGGAUAGGGCAGACAUUGAGGGAGACUGGUGUGUGUUGAGUUAUGUGACAUGUGACUUAGAUUUGGUUGAUGAACUGGACAAGAUGUGUCGGCGCUUCAAUGAUCUGUGUAUGAAAGUAUUGGACAAAUACGGUAGAUUUCUUGAUGUGGACAAGUUGACCGUUAUAGUGUCACAUCCUCAUGGCUGUCCUAAACAGGUCUCCGUAGGACAAUGGACACACAAACGCGAGGAAAAUGCCGGUACCAGGUACUGGUACAAAACAUGUACAUGUCCUGGCUCCAGUGGAGCUUAUGUUUACAGGCAUGGACCUGACUUAAUCUAUAUCAAUCCCCACAGUGGAUCAAACUCAGAAGGAAACUAUUGUGGGGCGAACAUUUCUGAUUGCAGUACUCAAGUUAUCGUCUCCAUAGACAGGCAGACAUGA